AUGGGUUGUGGAGCUCAAAAACAAUCUUAAGGAUUAUCGCCUUAAUUAAGAUAAAAAGCAUUAGAGAUUUUCAAGAAAAUUGAUGUCAAUAAUUCUGGUUCUAUCGAUAAGGAUGAAACUCAAAAGUUUUGGAAAGCCAAUUUUGCUAAGGUGAAUACUCAAGCAUUAUUUAAUGCUGUCGAUUUUGAUAAAAGUGGUUAGAUCACUGAAGAUGAAUGGAUGGCCUUCUGGGAAAUAGUCAAAAAGAGUGGAUAUUCUGAUAAAGAGAUUUUUGAAGAGUUGGACAAUCUGAUGGAAGGCAAAGCGUGGGUAUAAUUUCGGAAAGUAGAUGAGUUUGUUAAACGAGAUUAAAUGAGAAAAAAGAGUCAGGUCAAAUAAAUAGUUGAAGACAAUUCUAAGAGAAAAUCUAUUGUUUAGCAAGAAUAACAUAAUAAUUGAUAUAAAUAUAAUCUAAUUUAUAUCAUUUUAUGAACUUCAA